UCGUUCACAUAUACACACUCACACGUACACACACAUACACACACACACAUACACAGAGAGAGAAACUUUCCGUUUUUUCUUUUUAUUUUCACCCGUAUUAAUUUUUAACCCGUUCCGUCAAUGAGUUGUUGUUGUUUUGCCGUGGUUUGAGUCGCCGCCAAGUGAUUUUGUCUGUGAUUGUUUAUUUUGUUUGAUGACUUUAUAUAUUCCGGUCAAUUUUAUAUACAAAUUUUGUCUGUGAUAGAGUGUGUAUACAAACUAGUUUAAAUUAUUUAUUAAAAUGGCUUUCGUCGUCAACUCAUUCAGAACCAUCAACUCAUAUAUCAACAAAUAUCAAGAUCCUCGUACAGCAGAUUGGCCGUUUAUGUCUAGUCCAUUUUACACUUUAGGAAUAUGUCUUUCAUACGUAUAUGUAGUAAAGGUUUUGGGACCAAAAUUAAUGGAAAACAGAAAACCAUUCAAACUGCAGAACACUUUAGUAGUUUACAACUUCCUUCAGGUGGUGUUCAGUACAUGGCUCUUCUACAGCAUCGGAAUGGGCGGGUGGUUCACAGGAGAGUACAGCCUUAGUUGCCAACCUGUGGACUACAGCAACAAACCUAGUACAAUACGGAUGGUGCACGCUUCCUGGUGGUACUACUUUUCAAAGUUCACCGAGUUCAUGGAUACUAUAUUCUUCGUGUUACGUAAGAAGAACGAUCACAUCAGCACGCUGCACGUCAUCCACCACGGAGUGAUGCCAAUGUCCGUUUGGUUCGGCGUUAAGUUCACACCGGGCGGCCAUAGCACGUUCUUCGGCUUGUUGAACACCUUCGUUCACAUCGUUAUGUACAGCUACUACAUGUUGAGUGCCUUAGGACCUUCCAUGCAAAAGUAUUUGUGGUGGAAGAAAUACCUUACUACCUUCCAAAUGGUCCAAUUCGUGGCGAUCAUGGUCCACGCCUUCCAGCUACUGUUCAUCGACUGCAACUACCCCCGUGCCUUCGUCUGGUGGAUCGGCAUGCACGCCGUCAUGUUCUUCUUCCUGUUCAAGGAGUUCUACAACCAGACGUACCAGAGAAGGAAACCGGCCAAAGCCCAGAACGGCACGUUGCAAAACGGCGACGCCGCCAAGAAGAACGGCUACGCCAAAGAGAACGGCGUCAGCCAGGCCAGCGAUUAUUACACGAACGGCACGGUCCAUCACAGAAUAAAGGCCCAGUGAUUGCUGGCGUACGAAUUUAGUGCGUAAAAGACGUUAUUAUUAAAGAGAUAAUCAGGUGCAACUAGAUAUUUAAUUUAGCGGUAGAUUCCUAUUUGUUGUGGGUGACCUGUGUAGCAAAUUGUGUGUCUUAAGAUCAAACCUUCUAACUAAAACACCUAUCAAUGUACUUCUUAUGUUGUACCUCGACCAACUACGAUUAUUACAUGCAAAGUGCUAUACUGGGUUGUCUAAAUUGUUAAUGAGUCAUAUUUUUUAAUUUUCCGCACAAGUAAGACAUUAAUUACUUAGUUGACGAUUGCCAUAAUUUUUUAUAUUAGACCACCGAGUCUUUCAAAAUUUUAUACAGACGCAAAUCAGCUUGAAAAUUUACUUUCUAGACACUAUUUCCUUUAUAGUUUCUAAGGUUUAAGUAAAAUAAAUUUUAUUUACAAGCAAUAUACUUGGUUCAUGAUCCGGAAGGGCAUCAUAUAAAAAAUAUGAUGACUAAAAAGAUAUUUGCUCAAUUUUAUCCAGUUUUUGUGUUAAGUUAGAGUUCUCUACAAGUUGUAAAUAUAUUUAAAUAGUUCCAAAAAUCCGCAGAAUUCUCACUUAACAGAACCCAUGUAAUUUUGUUUAGUACUUAAAGUUAUUUAUAAAAGUGUAGAACACAUCAAGUAGUAAUAUGCACAAAAUAAAAACAAAAAAAAUUUUAAUAACCAGUCAUGAAAUGAAGGCAAAAAUUUAAUAAAAUUAACAGUUACUAUUAAAUUGAAUGUAUAUAACUUGUUUUAAUAAAAUUCCAAUUUUGUAUAUAUUAUUUUGUACAUUAAAUUGAAUUAUGAAAUCUAUUUUAUACAAUUUUUUUAAAACUUUAUAAUCAACAUGUUUUAAUAAAAUAAAGUGCGUCAUAUUCUGGUUAGCAAUAAAAUAUGUUUUAAAUAUUUUAGGUGCUAUUAAAUCACUUUUGUAUUUACGACAAAAACAAUACGAAAAUGAUUUAAGAGAUAAUUGAUUGGGUAGUAGAUAUAUUGGAUUGUUAAUUAUUAAAUUAUAUUUGUUAUAGGUUUAGUUCAGGUAAUUUGUUGUAUGUAUUUUUUUACUUACUCUUUCUUAAAUAAAAAAAUCUAUUGUA